GAAAGAUUGACGAGCUCUCUCUGCCCAUGCUCUCCGUCUCCACUGACUACAGCCUGCAGGACAUCUUUCCACAGCUGGGCAUCAGGGAAGUCUUCUCCACACAGGCUGACCUGUCUGGGAUCACAGGAUCCAAGGAUCUGAGAGUCUCUCAGGAUACCAGAGUGAUGGCUGAGAUCUCCCCUGAUGUCCUCUCCAGACCAGAUGGCACCAUGGGAAGGAAUACUGCAGGCCAGGAAAACCAAAACAGCAGAACACCAGUGGACAAUCUAGCAUUGACAUCCAGCAACAAUGACUUCGCCUUCAGCCUCUACAAGGAGUUGGUCUUAAAGAAUCCAGACAAAAACAUCGUCUUCUCCCCAUUCAGCAUCUCAACUGCCUUGGCCGUCCUAUCCCUGGGAGCUAGAAGCAAAACCCUGGAAGAGAUUCUAGAAGGUCUCAAGUUUAAUUUCAGCAAGGCCUCUGAGGCAGACAUCCAUCAGAGCUUUGGGCACCUCCUCCACAUGCUCAACCAGCCAGGGGACCAGGUGCAGAUCAGCACAGGCAGCGCCAUGUUUGUUGAAAAAUGCCUGCAGAUCCUGACAGAGUUUAAAGAGAAGGCCAGGGCAUUCUACCAUGCCAAGGCCUCCACGACUGACUUCCUGCAGCCUCAUAAAGCCAAAAAGCUCAUCAAUGACUACGUGAGGAAACAGACCCAGGGAAAGAUCAAGGACCUGAUCUCAGACCUGGAUAAGGAAACAUUAAUGGUGCUGGUGAACUACAUCUACUUCAAAGGAAAAUGGAAGUUUCCCUUUGACCCUCGUGACACAUACAAAUCUGAGUUUCACUUGGAUAAGGACAGGUCUGUGAAGGUGCCCAUUAUGAACAUUGAGGACCUGAGCACCCCCUACUUCCGGGAUGAGGAGCUGGCCUGCACUGUGGUGGAGCUGAAGUACACAGGCAAUGCCAGCGCCCUGUUCAUCCUCCCUGACGAGGGCAGGAUGCAGCAGGUGGAAGCCAGCCUGCAGCCAGAGACCCUGAGGAAGUGGAGGGAAUCUCUGAGUACCAGGAAAAUCAGUGAGUUCUACAUGCCCAAGUUCUCCAUCUCCAUGGACUACAGCUUGGAGAAAAUCCUUCCACAGUUGGGUAUCAGGGAAGUCUUCUCCACACAGGCUAACCUGUCUGGGGUCACAGGGGCCAAGGACCUGAGCGUCUCUCAGGUGGUCCACAAGGCUGUGCUGGACGUGGCUGAGAAAGGCACAGAAGCAGCGGCAGCCACGGGAGUGAAAUUCGUUUUAAUGUGUGGAAGAAUGAACCACUUUAUUUUGCGUUUAAACAGACCAUUUUUGAUGAUAAUCCUUGACACAAAUACUCAAGUUGCCCUCUUUUUGGCCAAGAUCAUGAAUCCCAAGUGAGACUUCCCAAAUCGUGCUGCUUCCUUCUAGGAGCCAGGGAUUAAGCCUGUAUGUGGGUCUCUGUGCAUUUUGGCCUCCAUGCUCUGAUUGGCUGUGUGUGCCUGGAUUGGACAGUGACAGUGACUAACUGUAUGAUCUGACCAUGCAAAGGGGCCUUUGGACAGACAGUGUAACGUUCCCGUCCUCUUGGUAGCACCAGCUCAUGCUCCUGAGUCUGAACCUUGUCUUUGUGGCCCCUCCCAGCUGUCUCUCCUCUAUGUGCCUCUGUCCAAAGCUUGGGUCCUGGCAGGGAGACUCAGUUCCUAUCUAGGCUCUGGUUAUGUCUGUCUUCAUGUUCCUCAGCCUUCAUGGGACUAUGCACACUUAGAGGCCAGCCAUGUUGACCUCAGGCC